AUGAUGUUGUGGUAUUUGCCUCGAAAGUACCGACCUCCCAUCCUAUUCAAGAUCUUACUCGGAAUCGAACUUCCUGUCACUAUCGCGCUUCUCGCGCUGUUCGGCGUAGCAUCUCCAGAUCUAUACAGAACAAGACUUUGGCAAGAUGGGGCAGACAAUGGUUUCAACAGCAGCCCAGAUGACAAGGUUUACGCCGCCGCAAACUAUCGCCCAUACAACACACCUAAGCCUUGGAGUGAAUUCACAACGAACUUCAACUUAGUCAUAUCGGUGCUGAGCCUGUUCUUCAUGCUCGUCAAAGCGCCGCUGUUUAUCCUCCAUGUUUUCUACCCACCGCUGUCUGUAUUCGUGCACAUAGCAUUAACUGUGCUCUACUCGAUUUCGAUCGUGCGUCAAGCGUCCUCGGAUAUGAUGGAUCCAAAACACCCGCAGCCGGGCGCACCGUGGUAUCUCACAAAGAGCUGUAGUGUUGCCAAGCGUCCUUCCAAUAUAGGCUAUUGCCAGCAGGCCAAAGGGGCAUUUGCCUGUACCGUGAUAAUGCUUGCAAUAUUCUUUAUCCACGUUGGCUAUGCUGUCUUCUCUUGCCUUCCCACCGAUGAGACCAGAGACAAGCAAAGGCGAAGAUUACAACGCCGUCAGGAUCUUGAGGAUCUCAAAAGCCUCAAAUCCCCCGUCUACCCAAUGUACCCUCCCAUGACUCCUGGAGGUUCUGCUCUACCACCAAUGACCCCGCGCACCCAGGCCUUUAACCGUCUGGGAGGGACCACAGAUCUGCCUCUAAGAAACCAUUUCCUCCCUCCCGAAGGGCCUAACAGUCAUCAGAUGAAUUUCAGCAUGCCUUCGACUUCCAAUAGUUCUACACCCCCGCCAGGGAACGGACCUGCAACAACGGGAACCCCCUCGCGCAAUGGAACCCCUGUGCUAAAUGGAAACUCAAGCGCAAAUGGGCAAAAACAGCCACCGAUGUAUUUCCCGCCGCCGCCAAAUCAGACAAGUAAGUAA